UGCGCAUGCGCCGUGCGCGCCGGUGCCGCCGCUGAGGCUCCGCGCCCGUCCCCGCCCGCCGCUCGCCCGCCCGCCCCGCGGGGCUAUGAGGCCGUAGGGCUGCGGGCCGGAGCAGCCCUCCGCCGCCAGCAUGUUCGGCCGCUCCCGCAGCUGGGUGGGCGGCGGGCACGGAAAGGCCGCCCGCAGCAUCCACUCCUUGGACCACCUCAAGUACAUGUAUCAUAUUUUGACUAAAAAUACAACAGUAACAGAUCACAACCGCAACCUGCUGGUGGAGACCAUUCGUUCCAUCACCGAGAUCCUGAUCUGGGGGGACCAGAAUGACAGCUCAGUGUUUGACUUUUUCCUGGAGAAGAACAUGUUUGUGUUCUUCCUGAACAUCCUGCGUCAGAAGUCUGGUCGUUAUGUGUGCGUGCAGCUGCUGCAGACUCUGAACAUCCUUUUUGAGAACAUCAGCCAUGAAACAUCCCUGUACUACCUGCUGUCUAAUAACUAUGUGAAUUCUAUCAUUGUCCACAAAUUUGACUUUUCUGAUGAGGAGAUCAUGGCCUAUUACAUAUCAUUUUUGAAAACUCUUUCCCUGAAACUCAAUAAUCAUACUGUACAUUUCUUUUAUAAUGAGCACACUAACGACUUUGCUUUGUACACUGAAGCUAUUAAGUUUUUUAACCACCCCGAAAGCAUGGUCAGGAUUGCUGUUAGGACUAUAACUUUAAAUGUCUACAAAGUGGACAACCAGCCUAUGCUGCAUUACAUUCGAGAUAAAACUGCAGUUCCUUAUUUCUCCAACCUGGUCUGGUUUAUUGGCAGCCACGUGAUAGAACUGGAUAACUGCGUGCAGACUGAUGAAGAGCACAGAAAUAGGGGCAAACUGAGUGACCUGGUAGCAGAACAUCUUGAUCAUCUGCAUUACCUUAAUGAUAUCCUUAUCAUUAACUGUGAAUUUUUAAAUGAUGUGCUGACAGACCACCUACUUAAUAGGCUCUUUCUUCCACUCUACGUGUAUUCAUUAGUAAAUCAAGACAAGGGUGGAGAGCGUCCGAAAAUAAGUCUCCAGGUUUCUCUCUAUCUUCUUUCUCAAGUUUUUCUCAUUAUACAUUAUGCUCCCUUGGUGAACUCCUUGGCUGAGGUUAUACUCAAUGGGGACCUCUCAGUGUUUUCUUCUAAGGUUGAGCAAGAUGUACAGAAAAAUUCAGCAAAGUCAAGUAUCAGAUGUUUCAUAAAACCCACAGAAACACUUGAGAGGUCUCUUGAAAUCAACAAACAGAAGGGGAAGAAGAGGAUGCAGAAAAGACCCAACUAUAAAAAUGUGGGUGAAGAAGAUGAAGAGGAGAGAGGAUCUGAAGAUAACCAAGAUGACCUUGAUAAAAGCAAAGGUACAGAAGCAAGUUCAAAGGGCGUAAGAACAAGCACUGAAAAUGAAGAAAUAGAGAUGGUAAUCAUGGAGAGAUGUAAGCUAUCAGAGCUGUCUAUCUCUGCUGUGACUGAACAGAAUACAACAGAUGAAGAAAAGAGUGCAGCUGCUUCUGGGAGUGAGAUGACAAACUGGAACAGGCCUUUUCUUGAUAUGGUCUAUAAUGCACUGGACUGUCCUGAGGAUGAUUACUAUGCCCUCUUUGUGCUCUGUCUUUUAUAUGCAAUGUCACACAACAAAGGACUUGACUCAGUCAAGCUGGAGAGAAUUCAACUUCCAGCUCAACAUGCUGAAGAAAGAAAUUCAUAUAAUCAUGUCCUUGCAGAAAGACUCAUCAGGAUAAUGAAUUAUGCUGCACAGCCAGAUGGAAAAAUUCGUUUAGCAACUUUAGAACUUGGCUGCCUGUUACUGAAGCAGCUUGUGUUUUCUAAAAACGGCAGGAUCAUAAAAAGUGUUCACCUUGAUUGUCUUGAGGGUGCAAGGGAGGAAAGUGUUCAUCUCCUUCGUCGUUUCUAUAAGGGAGAAGAAAUCUUUCUGGAUAUGUUUGAAGAUGAAUACCGGAGCAUGACAAUGAAACCCAUGAACGUAGAAUACUUGAUGAUGGAUGCCUCGAUCUUGCUGCCCCCAACGGGGACACCACUGACCGGGAUUGACUUUGUGAAAAGGUUGCCUUGCGGGGAUGUGGAAAGAACACGAAGAGCAAUCAGAGUUUUCUUUAUGCUCCGUUCGUUGUCACUGCACUUGCAGGGUGAGCUGGAAACUCAGUUACCACUCACGAGGGAGGGAGAUCUGAUAAAGGCAGAUGAUGUUCUGGAUUUGAAUAACAGUGAUCUGAUUGCUUGUACAGUCAUAACAAAGGAUGGGGGUCAAGUUCAACGAUUCCUGGCUGUGGAUAUUUACCAGAUGAGUUUGGUUGAACCAGAUAUUGCCAGACUUGGAUGGGGAGUAGUUAAGUUUGCAGGCCUUCUGCAGGAUAUGCAGGUGACCGGAGUGGAGGAUGACAGCAGAGCUCUGAACAUAAUCAUUCACAAGCCUGCCUCGAGCCCCCACUCAAAGCCCUUCCCGAUCCUGCAGGCCACGUUCAUCUUUGCGGAUCACAUCCGCUGCAUCAUCGCCAAGCAGCGCCUGGCCAAGGGCCGCAUCCAGGCCCGGCGCACCAAAAUGCAGAGGAUAGCAGCUCUCCUGGAUCUUCCUGUUCAGCCUUCAACUGAAGUUCUGGGUUUUGGACACAGCUCUGGAGCUGCAGCCCAGCACCUCCCGUUCAGAUUCUAUGACCAGUCCCGGCGUGGGAGCAGUGACCCAACAGUGCAGCGCUCUGUCUUUGCAUCUGUUGACAAAGUCCCGGGCUUUGCUGUUGCCCAGUGCAUAAAUCAGCACAAUCCAUCCCCGCUCUCGUCACCAUCCCCUUCCAGUGGCAGUGGCAGUACAGGGCGCUGUGACUCAGUGACUGCAAGCUCGACAUCCACUCCUUCUGCUGCACAGAGCCCAGCAGGUCUGGCAGGAAAGGACGCCGGCGGGUGUUUAGUCUGUCGGAGGCUGACAGUCACGGCGGACACUGGGUUUAGGCCUUCCAGCAGCAGCUGCAGCAGAAACUCCCGCCAUACCCACUCAGAUGAUGCUUCAGCUCCAGAGCAGCCUCUGAUGGCCGGUUCCGCUCACACGAUAUUGACUGAUGAAACUCUUGCAGCUGCUUCAAAGUGCAGCAAAACUGCUGUAAAGACCAGUGACAUGGAAACAGCCAACCUGUCUCCCAGCCUGAUUCCUGCCCAGCAGCCCACGAUUUCCCUGCUCACAGAUGACAACACGGACACGCUGAGCGUGGAGUCGCUCACGCUGGUGCCGCCGGUGGACCCACAGAGCAUUCGGACAUUCAGCUCUGUCCCUCAGGCCUCUCUGCAGCCUGGAGGUGAAGCUGACAAGGUGAAAGAGGUGGAGGAGGAAUGUUCUGACUAAAGCCACCAUGCAGACUGUAAUAAACAGUGAAGGAAGUGCAACCAAAUUGUGAUUUAUUUUUUCUCUGGGAGUGCAAACACUUCUGGAGGCCUGAGAGGCCUCAGGUCCACAUGAAGGGACCAACUGGUGACAGAGAAUGUCAGCAGCUUUUAGAGCCAACUUUGGAUACUCAGCAUAUCUGAACUGGAAAAGAGAGAAGAAACCCAAACUUUUGAAUCUGGAUCGGUUCUUUCCUACCAGUUUCUGUUAUACAAGAACAUGAACGUGUUUCAGAGGACCUACUGUCUUUCUAAUAGGAACUAAUUAAUUGUAAAAGGUCUACAGUGUUAUGGCAAAGUGAAGGGAUUUUUGGACACCCAGAAUCACAGUACUGCAUUACGUCUCUGAAACGAGAGACAUGCCAUUGACCAGAAAAAAUGAUAUAUUGUAGGACAGAGGUAAAACUUCCAUUUGAGUCAGGGUGUGUUUUUUCAGUUUGGUGUUUGGUUUGGGGUUUUUUUGUGGAGGAGGGGUUUUGGGCUUUUAUUUGGGGUUUUUUUUUGGUUGGUUGUUUUUGGUUUUUAAUCCUGAUUAUGUUCAUCUUUGGAGGUCUGCACAAUAUCAGCAGGCUUGGCCACAUUCAGUAUUGUCUUUGUAGGACUCCAGACUUAUAGAAAAAUACUAUAUUUUCCAUAUGUUAAUAUUUAUUUCAAGGUUUGAUUCAAAGUUAAAAUACAAUGCUUGUUCAAAUUAACAUAAGGGAUUUUUGAGACUACUUUAGUCUUUGCUUAGCUGCCUAGAGAGGAAUGUAAAAUAUUUUAAAAGAUUGCUAUAGCUUGUUUGUUCACUUCUGACAGUCAAAUUGCUACACAUCUGAGGAAUGGUGAGAUCCCUGCAACUGAAAGACAACUUCAAGAAGCAGACAGAAGCAGUUUUAAGAGGUUUUUCAAAGUUUUCAUAGUUAUUUAGGAAGAAGGUCACUGUAUCUAACUGAUAAUUCCUCUGCAAGUCUGAUCUUGAAAGGUAUUGUGUAAUUUUUUUUCCCUUUCUGGGAUAGUAUUCCAGUUAAACAGCAUUGCUUCAUAAAAGUGGUUCUGAGUUAACAUUACUUCCUAGAUCCUGACACCAGGUUGACAGAAAAGGUCAAGAUGUUGAUUAAAAUCGUUAGGAAUGUUCUUUGCUAAUUUGAUAUGUAAUUAACAUGAAAGGAGUUUAAGAUUUUUCAUCAGUUUCCAAGUAAGUUAAUUUAAAUUAAUAGUAAAAGUAGCAGGUUGUUAUUGCUGGUCUGUUCAUAACACUGAGUUGGCAGUUCCUCAGAGGACUGCUGUUCACUUGGUACUGAUUUCAGACACCACUGCAAUCUGUUUCCUCAUUCUGUCUCUACUGGCACUGAGUUCUUACCAAACAGGUGAAUUUGCAAAGUUUUUACCCACUUCCCAGUGCUUGUUGUACCAAGGGAAUACUUGAAGUGAUUUUUCAGUGGUUUAUAUAUAUCUGUAAAAGAGAUUGACAGGUACCACUUUUCUCACUUUUUGUCCUCUCCUUCAAAUAAUAAUUGAAUCUUUGCCACCUGGGUAUAUGAGGUCUCUGCUACUGAACACCAGUAUUUUUUUCCCCUUAUUAAUUUUUUCAUGAAGUUUUGAGUUAUAAUUUUCUGUGACUUCUACUUUCUCUCAAUUUGAAUUAACUGAUACUCUGACCGUUCCAGAGUGGCCCAAACUCUAAAUGAACUCAAGAGUAAGGUGUCCUCAGCACUGCAGUGGAUUUUGUAUGAAAGUCUGGCUUUACUGGAAUGAGAGCCUACUUUUUGGGUUUUUUGGUGUCAUGCUUAAGAUGAAUUUGCACUCAUGCAGUCACUGUUGCAGCUAAUGUGCAUGUACCUGUACGAGCCAAGACUUCAGGAGCAAUGUGGGUGCAAGGACCACAUGAACCUUUAUUAGCUGAACUGACCGCAGUCUACACUUUCUCUAAAAUGUUGCAGCAUUACACUGUAGUCUCAGUAAUAUUCUGAGGACCAUUAUAAAAAACGCCUCACUUUAUUUAAAAGCAUUUUAUGUUAGUUAUUAAGCUGAAAUUUGUGACCUAGAUUACACAAAAUACCAGUGUGCAGGCUGAGUUCCCUUAAAUAGAAUCCAUUUUAGACUAGAAAACCUUGAUCUGUAUUUAUCUCAUUUUAAUUUCAGUUCCAGCAAGAUUAGACCCAUGCACAAGGGGUCUCUUCAAUGCAUGUGCAUAAUCUCACCCCUGAGCUGCACUGCACAAGGAAUGGGGCAAAGGGGAAGAAAGGUGACUUUGUGCUUUUAAUUACUUUUGAGUGGUGUUUAAAUCUCAUGAUCACUUGUCUAGUGAGAGCUUCACAGGAAAUGACUGGCAUAGAUACUAUUGUUAGGGAAAUAAAGAAUAGGUCUGCUGUUCAUUUGCCCCAGCCCCCUCUGGGGGAAAAACCUGUCUGAGAUCCAACCUAAACCUGGCCCGACUCAGGAACAGCCAUUUCCUAAUGAAGCAGUAAGGUGUGAGUGGCUAUAAUUUCCACACUGCAGGUAUCUUGGAUUGAUUACUUCAGGUAAUCCAGGAAUUCACAAAUUGCCCUGGAAUUAAGUGUUGUUUCACUAGCAGUAAAAUCAACUUUGUUUGAAGACACAGGUAAGCUAUCAGACAAGCAGGUCAAACUGUGUGUAAGGAUGAAGCCAGUUCUAAGAGCAAACACUUCACUGACGUGCUGCUGUUGCUCUGGUGUAAUCAGUCACUUCACUGGGGAGACAGGGGGCUGCAGGAUGGCCUGAGGAGCAGUGGCACUGACCACCAGGGAGUGGCAGUCAGAAAACCCCCACCAACCUAAACAUCCUGCUCUUGUCUCCACUAACCAGCUGAAGGUAAACUGUAUUUAAAAGAGCAUUGCCCAGGCAGGCAGCUGCUAUCCGGGAAAAUAAAUGGUUUAGUCCUGUAGUUGGAUCAGAGAUCUGCAGAGACAUCAGCUGGGGGCAGGGAGAUCGAGGCCCUUUGCCUGCAAGGUAAUGAGUCUCCUUCUUUCAGACAGCCUAAUGUAGCCAUCUAAAUACAUGUUGAAAAUUCUCUUCUUAACUGCUGCUGUCCUUCUUCUUGAACGAGUUUUUUGGUGUCUGUGGUUCACCACCACUGCCCUCCCCUAGGAUAUCACUCACCUGGCCACUGCUCUUCUAUUAUCUAGCAGUCUUUGGAGAAGUUCUCCUGUGCUUGCCUGCUGUGUUUCUCUUGACCUUUCCCAACAUUUGCAGCAUGAAUUAGAAACAAAUAGAAUAGCUCUUCCCAUGUCCCGUUGGAUUCUGAAAAGCAGAGGGUGAUCCCUGCAGGGCUUGCUAGGGUGGGAUGUUUAUAGGGGUUGGGAGGGGAGUCGUGCUUGGGGGUUUUUCUGCUGCUCAGGACUUGAGCAGCAACAAAGACAUAGGAGAUGCAGUUCUUGACUGAGUCUCAAACAGAGGGUUCUUUCAUAUGGAAACAUAUUUUUAUAUUACAUUUGUACAGAAUUUUCCCUAUUUUGAUCUCCCAACAUUUUUAGAUUUGCACGUGGCUCAGAUUUGAUUUCUUUUGCAGGGUGUUAUAAAAUAUAUAUUUUGUGUUUGUUAAUGUAUUAUAAUUGUAAAACUAAAUUUUGAUUGUCUAAUAAAUGUGCACUGUGGUGGUAUCUGAUUUAUUGUUUUGCUAACUUGAAUUCAUUGGUUCUUAAUAUGAAAAGGAAAAACUUGUCAUUGUUGGGACUGUCUUGUUAGCAUAAAUGAAUGCGUGGAGUGCAUUUAUUUUAAAAGUAACUAAAAAUGGCUUCAGCAGGUAAUGACUAAGAAUAGUUGAUAACAAAAGAUAAAGUCCAGACUAGUUCACAUGAUGCUUUUAAGAUCAUAAUCUGAAGAUUCAUGAGAUUUUUUUUAUCUUGUUUCCCAUUACUUUUGGUUAUUGAUACUCAUACUAAAAUGAGUUUGACAGAGUAAUUGCAAUCUGGUCACUUCAGUAUGGAGGAGAAGAUCUGAGGGUUACUGUUUGGGUGUAUGUAAAGACUAAUUGUGGCAGAAGUAUUUAAAAUGAACAUGAAGAUAAUUUUUUUUAAGAUUGAGAAUAGAUUAAAUUGUGCAAAUUUAUAGACAGUUACAGUAUCUAGGAGCUUUGUUUUGCCCAGGAACAGCACUGAAUAUACAUUAUCACAACUUGAGUAAACCCUCUGGAAGCAUUAUACACUUUAAAAGGUAACUUUAGGCAUCUCUACCUGUGACUAGCUCUGUAUUUUUGUUGCGAACUUUUUCCUUUGUUUUUAGCUGUUUUGUAAGUUUGAUUGAUUGAUUUUAGUGCAAAGAGGGAGAAAUGUAUUUUUCUAGAAGAAUGAAUGUACCUGGAAUUUAAGCACUACAAAAAGCAUUUAAUGAACAUGGACUGUCCUAUGAAAUAUAUUUCAGUAAAGUUGUCUGAAAUGUAGUUCAUUUGAAAAAAAAACAGUCCUGAACAUGCACUUACAUUUAUGUGGAAAAAAGCCCAAACAUGGUGUGAAUUGAAUUCUGAAAUGUCUUUCUACGGGCAAUAAGUAUUAAUUAUUUAAUGUAAGUUAUGUUAGACAUUUGGAGUAAAUGUGAUAUGUUAAUUUAAAGAACAAUGUAACUAAGUGUCUGGGAAGAGUGGAAUUAGAAACUAUUGGUGUAUGUUUCUGAAAUCCAGACUUCUGAGUCUGUAUUUGCUGGCAUUGAUAAUUUGUCGUGGCUGUUGAAAACCUGGACAAGAGCAAGGAAUAGACCUUUCUUUGUAAAUGGAACUUGGCAAUAAAAAUGGUUACUAAGAAAA